CCAGCUCGGGCACGUCUACACUGAAAUAACUUCAAACGCAGGCAGGUGGUUUCAUGAAGGUUAAUGACGGAGCCUUUCACAAUAUUUUGUUUCCUGCAGGAAUAUUUGUCGGAACCCAGACAAAGGAAUUGAUAGAGUUGGAGCUCCUUUUUUUUGCCAUUCUUCAUUGCAGCACAUGUUAUGGAAGGAGGAGCCUUGAACUGAAGGAGACCAAACCAGGCAGCUGGAUUUAACACAAACCUUGACUAUCUUUUUGGAGUGAAUCUUGUCUUCUCACCUUGUUGAAAUGCCUUGACCGUGCCCCUGCCGUACCAUGGCAGGUUUAGUCUCCUCUGUGGGUUUGGUGGUGAUGCUCAAGGCUCUCAUGCAUGCCCAUGGCCAGCGUGCAGUGUUCCUGGGGAUGAUGGUGUUGGUAACAGUAAUCGCAGCUGACUCACCUGUUGCAGAUGAGUCUCUCUUGGACUCCACACAACACCCUGUGGGAUUUCGUGGACAUGUUCCAAGUUCAACAGGGUUCCAACCAUUGGCCUUACCAGCCUCACAUCACACUGCCUUUGAGAGCCCAGACUCACCUGGUACCCUGCCAUCCAUUUCUGAACCAAACCAUGAAGUUAGAACUGGUGGAGUGUCACGUUUUCAGUGGGGACGUGUUGCUUCUGAGAAAUCCUUCACAGCAAGUGACCUCAUUGCAGAAGAACCACACCCUCUUUCCAGUCCCUCAUUAAGCCCCUCCGAACCCAUAUCGGGGUCUAGUUCGCAAUUUGAAUCACCAGCUAAACUCUCUUCGGACUGGAAGCUGGCCAGCACAAAGUCGGCCAAACAAUCCUCCUCUCUCGCUCAGCCUCAGUCGAAUAUAUCCACAGCGUCAUUAAGCCCCUCUGCUCUCACAAGGUCGCCACCACCUCAGCUUGGUCUUAAUUCUAAGCAGAAAGAAACCUUCAGCAAGCAGCAGGAUGGUCCAUCAGAGCAAACACUGGAAAUCAUGACCUCAUUUCCUGCUCAGCCUCUCGAGCCCCUUAAACUGGCCUUCCCUGACUUUGUGGCAGACGAUAGUAAAAUACUGGAUGUGAACCAGCUGAGCCCCAGUAGUUCCCCCUUAGAGGAGAGCGGACCGACACGUGACAUUAACACGCUACCCAACCCAGAUGAGGUUCUGGCCCCCGGCUACAAUGUGCCUUUCAUCGCCCCACACCUUGCGUCUCCUUCAUCUGAACCCACUGAGAUCUCUCCGGAGGAAUUCUACCCCACCAACACCAUGGACUUCGACUGGGGGUCUGGGGACUACUUGGAGACGAUGUCAUACCUAAACGCAGAUGGGGAGGACUACGCUCUGGUCACCAAGGUGCCCGCUGACUCGUAUGAUCUAGAGGACUACACAGAAAGCUAUGACACAUCGUUUCCUUCAAGAGUGGGCAUAUUUCCUUCGUCCUUGAAUCCUCUUCACGUCUCACCAUCUUCGAGCUUCACGACAGCGUACCAUACCAUUGUCCCAUUUCAAUCCAUACAUCCUUCUUCUUCGUCCUCUACAAUUCAAGACACACUGGACCCUACUCCUUCCGCAAACAGCGAUAUACCCGACGCAUCGGACGUAGAUUGGGGCGAUACUUUCACGAUUCAACCGACAGAUGUCCUGUUGCCCGACAUGAACAGCUUGGAGUAUUACACCACUCAGUUGACCAAGGAGAACAGUUCAGACGCGGGAGCUGAACACAAAGGGAACGUUACCGUGGUUUCCAUCAGCCCUACAGAACUCACACCCACAAACAGCAUCACCAAUGAUACCAAAUUAACUGAGGAUGAGUCCUCUGGUGAUCUGUCAGGAUUUGAGCCUCAAAAUGACUCAACCCCAGCACCAACCACAGAGCAGAGUCCUCAGCUGGUCAAUGCCUCGGAGCCGUUUCUAGAUCCUUCCAUAACCCCAAGCCACUACUUUGAUCCCUCUUCGGUCUGGGGUGGCGAGUCUACCACCGUUUGGCCUGCACAAUCUCCAACUGUUGGCCUAACAGAAUCCAUGUUACCCAGUACAACGCCUCUGCUGCCAGAUGAUGUAAUGUCUCCCUCCUCUCUGACAGAUGUCCAUUGGUUUGUUACAGAGCCGUACCCAUCAGAAACCAUUAACACCAGUUUUGUCUUAACUGCAACUAUAGCCUUCUCCCCUGUUCCCACUGACCCUGCUGCCAACACUACAGAGGGUUCAACAGAAUUAACUCCCCAAGACUCUCCUUUUACAACCGAACAAACUCUCAACAUCACGUUAGAGUCAACUGAACCCACACCCAAUGUCACUUUGGUCCCUCCAGUCCUGUUGGGGGAUCAGGGGGUGACUGAAAAUGGAGUUGACAUCACAGCCACAAUGACCUUGAUCCCAACUAGCAGUGAAGCUAAUACAGUCUCUACUGCACCCACGACCCCAACUGCCACCAUUACUUCCCAUCAAGCCUCGACUGGAGAUCCUGCCACCACAGAAGCCUCAACCAGUGUCAACAUCCCUUCUGUCACCACAAAGGCCCCAACUACAACACCAACAUCUCGACAGUAUCUCUGCAACCUCGAGAGGCCUGCUUAUUUAGUUAAAAUUGGUUUCCCUUUCGGGGCCACAGUUGGAUAUGCCAAAUCUCAAGUGAGAGACAUACUGAAAGGGGAAUUCAACAAGUCUGUAGAGCUGCAGGUUGUGGACCCCCCACCAAAGUUUGUGUUUCGGGUGGUGUCUGGUCCAGUUGUGUACACAGCCAUAUCAGUCAUCAACGCUCUGCGAAGGUCUGGGCGCCGCUUCCUGUCUGUGUCUCCCAACUGGGCGACACCAGACAGUAAAUACCAAGUCCACACAGUGCUGCAGUUUGUUCCUGCUCCCAUAGAUGUGCGCUACUGCAACUUCAGCGAAAGCAUUGAGAAAGGCUUGACCAUGGCCUUUGCAGAAAUGCGGCGGCGCUCAAAGGAGUCAACCAACUUCACAGUGCACAUCAUAAACAUCACCAUGGCAGCUCCGAAAAAUCAGGAACAGCGGCUAGUGAGGCAGCCGGUGGACAUAACGUUCACUGUGCGCGUCUCCAGGGGUUACCUGAUGGGGUCAGAGGUCAGCAAUGCCCUGAUGAAGCUCACAAUGGUGGAAUUCAGCUAUUACAUGGGCUUUCCUGUACUGCAGAUUGCUGAGCCUUUCCAUUAUCCAGAGUUGAACACCAGCCACUUGCUUCGCUCCACCUGGGUUAGAACAGUGCUCAUUGGUGUGCUGGACCAGAAAGUGAGUGAGAGGACCUUCCAAGCCAACAUGGAGCGCCGGGUGGCCAUGCUCCUCGGAGAGGCAACGGGAUUAAUCAGACGCGUUAAGAGAGCCACCCUUAUAGGCAACAGCAGUGUCCAGGUUGUUAGUGCGAGCCGGCUGGUGGGUGCGGACCAUCCCUUGGAGAUAGUGUACUUUGUGGAGGGUCCCAGUGGUGAGAGGAUGCCUGCAGAUCAAACAGCGGCCCUGCUCAACAGCCUGGACGUUCAAAGGGCCGCCAUCGUCUUGGGAUAUCGUGUCCAGGGCAUUUUGGCGCAGCCCAUGGAGAAGGUGGCGUCCUCCCCCUCCGACGCUGAGAACACCAACACGUGGAUCGUCAUUGGCGUGGUGAUUCCCCUCCUCGUGGUCAUCGUCAUCAUUUCCAUCCUGUACUGGAAACUGUGUCGCACAGACAAGCUGGAGUUCCAGCCAGACGCCAUGACCUCCAUCCAGCAGAGGCAGAAGUUGCAGGCUCCCAGUGUGAAAGGCUUCGACUUUGCCAAGCUGCACCUUGGCCAGCAGAGUAAGGAUGAUGUCAUGGUGAUCCAGGAGGCGGUCCAGCCAGGGCCCGGCCCCGGACCCCUCCCCUUAUGCUUUAAAGAUGGCUUCAGUCCGUCUGAAAACGGGGAGAUCCCCACACCUUUAUCCAAAGCCUCCACCAAGGCGUCACGCAGCAGCAGAAGGCGAGAUAGGAUCUCUCCGUCUGACGGGGACUCGGUGGUAAGUGACCACUCCAGCGAGCGUGAAUCGACAGAGGAGAACCUGAGAGCGCACGCCACGCACAGCGACAGAAAGCAGACGCAUAAGCUCCCCAUCAAUGUUUUAAAUGGUCCUCCUCCUAUGAAUGGCACAAACGAGCAGCUGUCCUCGGCCGCCAUCUUUGAACACGUCGAUCGGAUGUCUCGCGCAGCAGAUGCAAGCAGAAGACUCCCCAACAAAAUCCAGCUCAUCGCCAUGCAGCCCAUGGCCCUCCCCCCACUGCACAGCCCCCCCAUCAACGGCAAACUGUCCGACCCAAACCAAAUCAACAAAGAGAUCCAGGUGGCACUGAGGCACAAGUCCGAAAUUGAGCACCAUCGUAACAAGAUCCGUCUGCGUGCCAAGAGGAAGGGCCACUAUGACUUCCCUACCAUGGAUGAAUCCACGAAUGGCCACGGAGAUGCUAAGGACCAGGAUCGCAUCUAUCAGAAAGCUCAGACCCAGAUCGAUAAGAUCCUGGACCCUGAUGCCCAGACGCCCUCCUUCUUCAUGGACUCAAAGAGAAGUGGUCGAGGGAGGCGCUCGCCCAAACAGAGGAUGAAGGAGCAGCUGAUCGGAGGCAUGAUGGAGGCAGACAAAGACCACCUCAUCUCUGAAGACAAUGAUGCUGUGUACAGGAAGUGUCCUGGAGUCAACAAUGUGGCCUACAUAUCGGACCCUGACCAAGGCCCAGGCUCCCCUCACAGCAGCUCCUCCCCCACCGAUGACGUGUUCCUCGGCCCUGCUUGCUCUCCACCGGGCCAUGCCCCUCCCCCGCCCCCCUACAUGCCUCCACAGCCCUCCAUCGAGGAGGCGCGGCAGCAGAUGCACUCCCUGCUGGACGAUGCCUUCGCCCUGGUGUCGCCCACCUCUCAGGGCAGCACGGCAGGCAUCACUCUGCCCGGAGUCAACAGCAACCCCCCCCUCUCCAGCCCCCCGGGCAGGGGCCCCAGACCGUGGGGUCCGUCCUACCAAGCUCAUGGCCCUUUCCCUGGUAGGUUCACUGAUCUGUCCCCUCCUCCAAUCCAAGGCCUGAUAUCCAGGCAGGGCCUUGGCUCCAGCUACCUGCCACCAGGAGACACAGCAGGGCAGUGUGAGCCGCUCCCACCCGACAGCCUGUACUCCAGCAGGGGCCUCUACGCCGCCGAGCUGCCCUCAUCUGCCAGACCCCGACCAGUGGGGGGGGGGUCCACAGGCGCCCAGCUCCAUCAUCUCACACAGGUGGGAUUGUCCAGUCGGAUGAAUGGUUACCCAGCGGGGGUCAGGCCCGCUCCGGGGCAGAACGGAGGCCUCGGCUGGAACCAUUACCAUGGCGACAAUUACUCCAGGGCAGAGCCUGAGAAAGAUUCAUUCCUGGACUGUCCUGACUACACGUCCUGCUCUAUCUUCCAGACGCCCAGAGGUGGUAUCAGGGAGCCCUCGGCGCCCCCUGUCCACCUGGACAUCUCGGGGAUGGACUACCUGUCAGCGCCCCUGGAUACGUCUCCACCUAACCACUCCUCCGCCUCCCUGAUCAAGGCCAUCAGGGAGGAGCUGCUGCGCCUCUCCCAGAAGCAGGCCGCCGCGCCCAGCUACCACAGCUGAGCCUCCCGUCUGCAGCUCCACCAGUCACGCCACUGACCCCCCCCCCCUGCUCCGCAUCACCUGACAAUACUUCCCAUGGAAGUUCCUGAGGGUGUACAGCAGAGAGAUAGUCCUGCUAAACUGAAGUAGGGAUUUCUCACUGAAGAACUGAAUGACAGGAUUGUUGACACGGCUCCUAAAGAAAUAGGACUACAGAAUCAGAUAAACUGCAGCAUGUCAAAUCAGAGACAGUGUUAUGAAGUGAACAAUAUGCUGGAACCUUCAAAUGAGAUGGCGUGUGUGUCCCUUAAGACAGUGGUUCCCAAACCUUUUUUCUAUCAUUGAGUAUUCUGACGACUCCUGACUAAUAGUAUUUUGGACAUUUCAUGUUGUAUUAAUCACGCAUAAUAAUUACAGUAUGGAACAAUUGUACAAUUAGUUAAAAGUGAAAGCAAUAUCAGCAGGAAGUGAGUGUUGAACAAGUGUGAAUAAUAUUGCCUCCGAGAUGAUUCCUGCUGGUUUUAAGAACGUUUAAUACAAUUCUCUGUAUUAUGUAUUUCUUGGAAUCAUGCAUACUUGGUUAGCUUCCUCUUUUUGGACAAAUUCAGUAUUUUCUUAGUCCCUGGUUGUUUUAACUACCUAGUUUAUUCAUUAAUUACGCUGUUUAGCAGAGGAAGAGGAAAGGCACAUUUAACAAUAACAAUUUGAUUUAUUUUUGGCACAGAAAUGAAUGAAAAGCAGAGACACAGGCCAACUGUUAGUUGAAUUUAAAGUUGCUUUGUUAAGCUUUGGCGACCCCUAGUGGGGGACCCAUGCCCAAAGACACAGUGUCAUUUGAAGGAUGCCUUUCAUUUCUUAACCUACCAUACAGGUAUUUUGUUGUUUACCAAAUGCAGGUCCUUAACCUCUUCAUCACCAUCGUGUACUACUUCCUGAUUUCUGCCACAAUGAGCCAUUCUAUGCCUUGACACUGUGAUGUAGUUCAACUACUGUAUGAUCUACAGUAGGGUCAGAGAUCACAGCCAGUUCAGACAGGGCGCCUAUAGAGACUAAUGACACUCAUUAACACUAUGUCGUUUUUACAUACUUACUACAGUAGCACGAUAGCAGUAGAGUUAGUCUGAGGUGAUCUUUUUGUGAUAUAGUUUGUUGUGAACAGCUUUCAAUCAUGUUCCUUGCUUUUAUUUAUACUUAACAGCUACACAAGCAAGGAAAGAAAUGGCCUUGAAUUUGGAGCUACAGGCACACGUGUCAUGAAUAUAGACUUUCAGUAUGUAUCGACUGUUAGGGUGUAAUGAUGUAUUUGGUUGUAGUUGGAUGCACUGUAUGCAGACUACUGGGUACAGCUCAGGUUGUUCAAAUUGAGAUUUGCUUGCAGACAAAUCAGCGACGGGACAGUUUGAAGAGUCACAUUGAAGAACUGUUAAUGAGGGACUUUCACAGAGACUUGUGGUGUGUUUUUACAUGAACCUGUAUUUACUAUUUACUGAACCACAUCUCUGGUUCAUGCAGUAUUUAACGUUUGCCUUUUUGUUAGCACAGGAAGCAGACAAGUGUACUUAUUGUAUUUGUUUUCAUGUAUGGUUUACUUCAACCAGUCCUGUUUAUGUGCUUUUCACAUUUCUUUGGAUUCUUUGACCUUGCCUCAUGUCAUUUUGUUCACCUCAAAUGUCUCUUAGUCAUCGUACUGGUUGGAAAUAAUUACGUUUGUUUUUUUUACAAAACCCUCCCCUGACAUGUUGUGAUGUUUUGGGGCUUGAAGUGAUAUUUUAUUUAAAUAAAAUGAUGGAAAUGAUGGAUUUUAAAA